ACUGCAGCAUCCCGGUGGCGGAGCGCAGCGGUGGCUGGCCAGAGCUCGCGUCCUGCGGCAGUCUCUCGGCUGCUAGUCUGAGCGAGCGCGAGGGAGGAGACCCCCGUCCAGGCACCAACUUGCAGCCCGGGCGACUCCCACCCACGAUCGCGCCCCCCUGACUCUCAAACGCCAACCGCAGCCCGAGUGGGUCAGCGUGGGAGAGCUUCCCGGUCUCCGUGGCCGGAUUGCUAACUUGGAGGGGACCGCGGCUGUCUCCCCGGCCUGGAGAGUGAACAGGAUUGUGAACUCUUCUGAUUGAUGAUGACACAGUGAGACGAAAGGCCACCACCAACACCAUCUGCUCACAUCCCGAGUCUGAACAUUAAACCCUGUCUCCACCAGCCAUGGCUAAGAGUGCAGAGGUCAAGCUGGCCAUAUUUGGAAGAGCAGGCGUGGGCAAGUCAGCGAUCGUUGUGAGAUUUCUGACCAAACGGUUCAUCUGGGAAUACGAUCCGACUCUCGAAUCAACCUACCGACACCAGGCAACCAUAGAUGAUGAAGUUGUUUCUAUGGAGAUCCUGGACACAGCUGGCCAGGAAGACACCAUCCAGAGGGAAGGACACAUGCGCUGGGGAGAAGGCUUCGUGCUGGUCUACGACAUCACAGAUCGAGGGAGCUUCGAAGAAGUCCUGCCGCUGAAGAACAUCUUAGAUGAAAUCAAAAAGCCCAAAAACGUAACUCUCAUCUUGGUCGGAAACAAAGCGGACUUGGACCACUCCAGACAAGUGAGUACGGAGGAAGGGGAGAAGCUGGCUACGGAGUUGGCGUGUGCGUUUUACGAAUGUUCCGCCUGCACGGGAGAAGGGAACAUCACGGAAGUAUUUUACGAGCUCUGUCGAGAGGUGCGCCGCAGGAGGAUGGUGCAGGGCAAGACAAGGCGCCGCAGCUCCACCACGCACGUCAAGCAAGCGAUUAACAAGAUGCUCACCAAAAUCAGCAGUUAGAGGCUCUGCCAAGAUGUGCUGGAAAGUGGGAAGGCCUUCCUGGCUCCGCCCCUCUAACCACAGCCAAGAUAUUCUUCUUAUUCUGAGUUUGGGGAACGACAGGGUUUCUCGUGGGUCCCAAUCCACUAUAUGCUGAGAAAUUCCUGAGUGUUUUCUGCAGUUCCAUGCUGCAGACAGUCUCUGCCUUCCCUGCUUGUGCGUAGGAUCCAUGCUAAUGUAGUUUGAAGAUGUAACCACCAACGACGCUGAAAUGGCUGGGUUCAUGGAAGCUAAUUUUAGGCAUCUCUGCCUUGCUUAAAUAAGGUGAAGCCUUUUCAAAGGCGUUUUAACAUUCUGAAUCUUGUGGAAGACUACAAAGGUCACCAUAAGGUUUUGUAAUGUCUGCUGAGAACUUGAGGAGGGUAGCUGAGAGAUUAGAAUGGGGAACAGAAUUCUAGUUCCCAUUCGAAGUGAGGAUUUUUUUUUUAUUCGUUAUUAUUAUCUUACUUAAAUUAUGCUGUUUUUCUUUAACACUUUAUUUUUUUUAGUUUGAAAUAUUAUCACUGACUUUGGUUUUGUGAUGUAAUGGCCCAUUUCAAUUCGAGUUGGUUCUCUCAAUAAUCUACUGCAGUCCUCACACACCUUGUUCUAUUAUUUUCUUAAUAAGAAAAGAAACAAGACCCACAAUUCACUCGGUGAUAGAUAGAUAAAUAAAUAAAUAAAUAAAUAAAUAACCCACCAGGAAUCUUUGUACCAAAGCUUGACUUCACUGCAUGUUAGUAGGGGGACUGCAAUUAGAGACACUUGGUUUGUAUAUUACUCUAUUAGCACCGUAGCGGGAAGGUGACCCUCUAAAUAAGAGAAUUAUGACACUUAGCUACUCCUCUUUGGAAACCAAGGCAGAAUCCCAUGUAGUCAGAAAGAGCCAGCCUCUGAUUCAGUGAGUUGGCCACAUGCCUUCUUAACCUUUUAAACUUUGAGUAAGAUUAGUUCCCAUGGGAGAAGUCAGAAAAAUAAUGGGUGAGUAAACUUCACUAUACCCGAGCAAGCGUGUAUAAAGUAGAUGCUUGGCUGGCAAAAGGAUUAUGUAACUGUCAAGAGUUUAUGAUCCUUCUCUUCAUUUCCUGCCCCGUGUACUGAGAUUUGGGCACUUUAUUUUAGAAUAAAAUAUAUAUCUUUUACAAUGUAUGUAUUUAUAUGUACACAUAUAAGUAUGUAUAAAAUUUGUAAGCAUUGACGGUUUUAACUCACCGAUGUAUUUGAACAAUCUGGUGUAACUGACUUCGUUUUAUGUGACUAUAAUAAAAAAAUAUAUAUAAUUUUCAAGUUCUGCCG